CUUCUCUUCAUUGUAUUUAUGGUAGACCCGUCAUAAAUUUAAUUAAUAUAAUCCACCAUAAAUUUCUUUUUUGAGUGAUGAUUAUUAUACACUCGUGUGUACGUAGUGCAUUUGAAAUCUAAAAAUAUGUUGUUUUUUAAGUGAAAAGUUGUAACCAUAUAAUACCCGGGAAAUUGAGAACACGGUGUUGGAAAUUGAAAGCAACGAACUAUGUUUACCACCCUGGGGAGACUGAUGAGCCAGAAUCUAAACCAUCUCAGGGUUUGCGCUUUCUCUACAGCUACAAGAGUUGGAACCCACAAUGGCAGCUUUCACUGUGACGAAGCACUCGCCUGCUUCAUGCUUCGCCUCACUCACAAAUUCUCUGCAGCCCAAAUCGUUCGAACCCGAGACCCCAAGAUUUUGGAGUCACUAGACGCGGUGGUCGACGUUGGAGGACUUUAUGACUCGACCCGAGACCGCUACGACCAUCACCAGAAUGGCUUUGCCGAAGUGUUCGGUCAUGGCUUCACUACUAAGCUCAGCAGUGCUGGCUUGGUCUACAAGCAUUAUGGGUUGGAGAUAAUUGCCAAGGAGCUUCAGCUUGAUGAAGGACACCCAGAUGUGUAUCAUUUAUACCUAGCAGUGUAUAAAAGCUUUAUGGAGGCAAUUGAUGCCAUUGAUAAUGGAAUCAAUCAGUAUGACACUGAAAAACCUCCAAAAUAUGUAAAUAACACAAACUUGUCUUCAAGAGUGGGAAGUCUAAAUUUGGCCUGGGUGGAUCCUGAUCAAUCAUCUGACACAGAAAAUGAGGCCUUUCAACGAGCAAUGACUCUGGCUGGCAGUGAGUUUUUGGAGAGUGUUCAGUUCCAUGCAAAAUCUUGGUUACCAGCACAAUCAAUUGUAAUGGAGUGUAUUGCAGCAAGAGAUAGUAUUGAUUCUAGUGGCGAAAUCAUGGUGCUGAUGAGAUCUUGCCCAUGGAAGCUUCACAUUUUUGAGCUUGAGGAGGAAAUGAAGAUUGAUCCGUCCAUCAAAUAUGUCAUUUACCAGGAUGAUAGGAGUGGAAAUUGGCGGUUGCAGGCAGUGUCAGUGUCACCUGACAAAUUUGAGAGCCGGAAACCUCUACCAUAUCUCUGGAGGGGUUUGGAGCAUGACAAACUCUCUGAGGUUGCAGGGAUACCUGGUUGCGUUUUUGUCCACAUGAGUGGGUUUAUUGGUGGAAAUAGAACUUAUGAGGGUGCUCUGGCUAUGGCACGAGCAUCUCUCAAGGCCUAGGAAAAGCUAUUAAUUAGAGAUACUGUAUUCACAGCUUUUGAAUGUUAUCUGGAGCUAUUAUAUCCCUGAUCUCUGUGACUAGGCCUCUUAUGAUAAUUUCAGGGACCUUUCAGAUAUGUGUUGGACUAGCCAUAUGGCAUACUCAAUCUAAUGGAGUGCUUAAAGAUAAGCGUUAAUCCA